AUGAAUGGCGUUGCCGCAGAUACUAAUGCCUCGUGCAUAGGGGAGCAAGAUGCACUUCAAGACAUUGCUAUUGACCCCAAAGAGGAGGCGAAACUCUUGGCCAAGCUGGACCUCUUCCUCAUGCCCGUGAUUAUGCUGGUGUAUCUUUCGUGCUUUCUGGAUCGCUCCAACAUUGGCAACGUCAAGGUCGCAGGAAUGCCCGAGGACAUUGGUGCUUCAGCACAAGAGUUCUCCACUGCAGUCUCCAUCUUCUAUGCGACCUAUGUGCUUUCAGAAACGCCUUGGGCGAUUCUGCUCAAGAAAUUGACUCCCCGACUUCUCCUGACGGGCUUGGCUAUGGUCUGGUCUUUGGUCACCAUUUUCUCGGGAUUCAUACAGAACAUUGGAGGGCUCUACGCCGCCCGACUCAUUCUCGGUGCAUGCGAGGGAGGUCUCUUCCCCGGGCUGAAUCUCUAUCUGACCAUGAUCUAUCGCCGAGAAGAGCAAGCCAAGCGCGUGUCGUAUCUCUUUGUCUGUACAGCCAUCGCCGGUGCCUUUGGAGGCCUCCUGGCGUAUGGAAUUCUGCAUAUGGACGGCAUUGGCGGAUAUGCGGGCUGGAGAUGGGUCUACAUUAUCGAGGGAAUCUUCUCGGUUGUGAUUGCCAUUGUCGUGUGGUUUGGACUGCCGAAUGACCCUGGCAAAGCGUACUUUCUCACCACGAAACAAAAGGAGAUUAUGAGCCAACGACAGAUUCAGCGGGCGGCGUACAUGGGCAGCGAAGAAUUCGACUGGGAAGAGGUCCAGAUUGCGAUAAAGGACCCGAAGGUGUACAUCAGUGGCCUCAUCCAGUUCUGUCAGGACAUCUUGUUGUACGGCUUCAGCACAUUCUUGCCUUCCAUCAUCAGUGAGAUGGGCUACAACUCGUACGAGACACAAUACUUGACUGUCCCGGUCUAUGCAGUGGGAGGUCUUUCGUUCGUGAGUCUAGCAUUCCUCUCGGACAGGUAUGAACUCCGAGCUCCCUUUUUAUUAUUCGCCAACAUGUUCGGCAUCAUUGGCUAUAUCCUCUUACUCGUCACCUCGCUGCCCGUGGGCGUACGCUUCUUCGCGACCUUCCUCUGCGCAAUUGCCGUGUAUACGGGGCCGGGCUUGAAUCUCACCUGGCUCAACGUGAAUUCUGCACCACACUACCGUCGUGCCACCUCGAUAGGUCUGCAACAGACCAUUGGCAAUACAGCAGGAAUCGUGGCGGGCCAGAUAUAUCGCAAAGCGCCAUAUCUGCUGGGAAACGGCUUCUCCUUGGGAGCCAUCUGCUUUGGUCAAUUCGUCAUUGUGGCGAAGAUGGUAUACAUUAGAUCGUGCAAUCGGACGAAAGACAGGAUUGCACGUGGUGAGGUGGCGGAUAGGAGAAGGGUGAAAACGGGUGAUUGGGCAUUGGACUUCCGUUAUCAUCUGUAG